CCAAAGUCUUGUACCUAUUUCUUAGAUCUUUUUCUUGUGUAGUAAAACAAACCAUUGAGAUUCUUACUUACCUAUAAGUUAACAACAUCGUAUACUUUACUUUGUCCCUAAAAUUUACUCAAAAUCUACCAAUCAUUUAACUCAUCUCAAAACCAAAAACCAAGACAUUAUCACACAUUUGCACCAAUUUGCAUCAUUCUAAAAGGUGAAAAGCCAUAAUGAGAUGCACCAUUCUCACAAACUCAUUUCUCAAAAUUAUCAUUUUUCUCAUUCUACAAACUUUACCACUCACAACACAAACAAAGAUCUUAACUUUACCACUCAAAUCACAAGUUAUCUCAUCUGGGUAUCUUCCAAGACCACCAAACAAGCUUAGGUUUCAUCACAAUGUUAGUCUCACUGUUUCAAUUACUAUUGGCACCCCCCCACAAAACGUGUCAUUAGUCAUUGACACAGGAAGUGAACUUUCAUGGCUUCAUUGCAACAACUCAACAAACCGGGUCAUGCCUGACCCGGUUUUUAACCCGAAUUUUUCUUCUUCAUACAAACCUAUUUCUUGUUCUUCAUCUACAUGCACUACCCAAACCCGAGAUUUUCCCAUACCUGCUUCAUGCGACUCCAACAAUCAUUGCCAUGCAACUCUUUCAUACGCAGAUUUUUCUUCCUCUGAAGGGAACCUUGCUUCUGAUUCAUUCGGGUUUGGAGCAUCCGAUAACCCGGGAAUUGUAUUUGGGUGUAUGGACUCAAGCAUUAGCACAAACUCUGAUGGAGAUUUUAACACAACCGGGUUAAUGGGUAUGAAUCUCGGGUCUCUCUCUUUUGUUUCUCAGCUUAAGAUACCCAAAUUCUCAUAUUGUAUAUCGGGUUCGGAUUUCUCGGGUAUUUUGCUUCUUGGGGAAUCCAAUUUCUCAUGGGUCGGGUCGUUGAAUUAUACUCCUUUGGUUCAAAUAUCCACUCCUUUGCCCUAUUUUGAUCGGGCCGCGUACACAGUUCGGUUAAUGGGAAUUAGGGUUUCAGAGAAGUUACUUAAUUUGUCUAGUGAUAUGCUCGCUCCAGAUCAUACUGGAGCGGGUCAAACUAUGUUUGAUUUGGGUACUCAGUUUACAUUCUUACUUGGGCCGGUUUAUAGUGUGUUGAGAGAAGAGUUUCUUAAUCAAACAAAUAGUACUUUACAGGUAUUGGAUGAUCCGAAUUUUGCAUUUCAAGUAGCAAUGGAUCUUUGUUAUCGGGUUCCAUUGAACCAAUCAAAAUUACCCGAGUUGCCAAGUGUUAGUUUAGUAUUUGAUGGAGUCGAGAUGAGGGUUUCGGGCGAACAACUUUUAUAUCAGGUUCCAGGUCGGGUUGUAGGGAAUGAUUCAGUUUAUUGUUUCACAUUUGGAAACUCGGAUCUACUAGGUGUAGAGUCAUUUAUCAUUGGGCAUCACCAACAACAGAAUAUGUGGAUGGAAUUUGAUCUUGUAAAAUCUAGGGUUGGUUUGGCUCACGUACGAUGUGAUAUGGUGGGUCAAAAAGUAUUGGGUUUUGUGUAGUUAGACCCACAUGUUAUAUUGGACGGUUACUUAAUAGAUCCUUCAAAUUGCUCAAUCGAUCAGGUUGUAAUUUUUUAUCGUUGUUUUGUGCGUAAAGCAUGAUGAAAUCAUAAUUCUCAAUGAUUUUUUUUUUAAACGAAAGCAAUUUUGAAGGACCUACUAAACAACAAUGAUUUUAUUGAGGUAUGGUCCAAUUAAAGCUUAUUCAAAUUUCUGAAGUUGUGGUCCAUUCCCUUCGUGCGAUUUUAAUGAGGGGCCUCUUGGUAGAAAUCAACUUUGGACAAGGCUGUCAGGAACUUAAAAUCAACAAUCAGUCUCUUGGUUCAUACACUCUAUUAUUUUGUUACUACAUUUGAAAUUGCAAUAUUUCAGUAUAAAAAUAAAGGAAAUUGCAAAUUGUAUAUUUUCUUUUAUUUUUUGAAAAUGUACUUGUUCAUACCAAAUUAUUUGCACGAAAAGUACAAAUAUGUAGGUGGUGGUAGGCUAGGAUACAAUUACUUCUUUGCUCAUUCUCAGUUGAUAAACACUUAUUCAUGUAUAUACAUAAAUAUAGAUAAUCAUUUUUAAGUUUCUUA